CUACCUGCUCGCACCGCCUACACCACGCCGCGUACGCCCUCGCCUCGCCCCCGGCCAUAGCACCCUCGUCGUCUCCCGCCUUCGAGCAGCGACGCCCUGCCCCGCACACACUGCCCGCGCCCCCGCUGCCCGCCAUGGCCAUGGACACAGACACAAUCCCGAACCUGCUCGGCGACCUGCGCGACCAGGCACCCGACGAGCUGCAGGAAUACUUCAUCCACUUCGAGGACUACUGGGAGCGGAAACUGUGGCACGAGCUGACAGACAAGCUCGUCGAGUACUUUGACCAGGCCGAAAGCGCACAGCAGCGGAUACCGCUCUUCGAGACCUUCAUCAAGAGCUUCGCCAAGAAGAUCAACCAGCUCAAGCUCGUCCAGCUCGGCCUCAAGGCGGCGUCGCAGUUCAAGGAUGACACCGAGCGCCUCAACUUUGUCUCCGACAUCGCCAAGUCGGUCAAUAAGCCCGCAUCCCAAGACGCCUACGUCUACGCCACAGUAGCUACCGCGAGCAUCCAACUGCGGACAGGGGACGAUGAUGGCGCACGGAAGAAGCUCGACGAGAGCGAGCAGAUACUAGAGAGCUUUGACUCGGUGGAGACGGCCGUACAUGCCUCGUUCUACAAGACGAGCGCCGAAUACUACAAGGCCAAGCAUGAGUUUGCCGCCUACUACAAGAACGCGCUCCUCUACCUCGCCUGCGUCGACCUGGCCGACCUCGAUCUCCGUGAGCGCCAGUCGCGUGCCUAUGACCUCAGCAUCGCCGCCCUCGUCUCCGACUCCAUCUACAACUUCGGCGAGCUUCUUCUCCACCCGAUCCUCGACUCUCUCCUCAACACCCCACACGCAUGGCUCCGCGACUUGCUCUUCGCUUUCAACCGUGGCGACUUGACCGCAUACGACGUGCUCGCUGGCAACAUCUCAAAGGUACCGCUGCUUAAGGAGCACCAGACCUUCCUGUACCAGAAGAUUUCGUUAUCAGCACUCACCGAGACCGUCUUCCGGAGACCGCCCCACGACCGCGCAAUGACGUUCCAGACCAUCUCCGAGGAGACCAAGGUGUCGCCGAACGAGAUUGAGCACUUGAUCAUGAAGGCGCUGAGCUUGGGGCUGCUCAAGGGGACAAUCGACCAGGUAGCGGAGAUCGCGAGGAUCAAUUGGGUGCAGCCGAAGGUGUUGGAUAUGACGCAGAUCCAGAACAUGAGAGGCCGACUUAAGGAGUGGGACGCGAGCGUUAACCAUCUUGGCAAUUGGAUCGAAGGGGUCGGCAAGGACGUAUGGGCUGCUUGAGCGAUGCAGACAUGGCUGUCGCCAAGCUAAAACCUUAUAAGCUGAUAAGAGACCAGAGUCGCGUGGCGUGCGACGUGAGGUAUGCAUGCUAAACGCACUCUACCACGAUAAAUGUAUCAUAGAUCAAGGCCGGCCAACUACGCCUGCGCCCAUCAAUGAGUUCAUGAACUGACAAUAUGCU